AUGCUUUGGAUCCUUUCUAUGUAUUUUCUCUUGCUGCUUUCUCCUGGAAAUGCAGGAUCAAAAGAUAAAAUGGUGAGCCAGGAAUUGAUGGUUCUUAUUGCUGAAGAAGGGCAAUCUGUCAAUCUCACCUGCAAGUAUAUGCAUAGGAUUGAAGGUCUAUAUCUGAAACGAACCUUUGGAGACGUCACGAAGCCGCUUUAUGUUACCCAACAUGGCAAAAUCAAGAGAGAAGAUCCUGCAUAUGCAAACCGCACUGAGUAUUUUGAGAUGAACAACAUGGCCACAAUCACACUGAAGCAACUGAAAGAGAAUGACAGUGAUGUAUACCUGUGUAGGGCAGGCAUGUUCAUAAACAAUGAUCUUGUGCAGGAGAAUAGCCCUCCUAUUCUUUUGGCAGUAGAAGCAGCUGCAAAGAAGAAUUUUGAAUCUCCUUGGAUGCUGUAUAGUAUUAUCUCUGUGUUAAUACUCUUGCUUUUUAUGAUGGGAUUUUAUAUCAUCUAUCAUACCAAUAUCAAGAAAUGCUUCCAAAAAGGACAUGCAAAGACAAAGCAAAAUUUUAUCUAUGAAGACAUGACUUACAGGUUCAAGAACACUGAGACUCAAAAAAAUCAUUAUGCUAUGUAA